AAGACUCCUGACAUGAAGACUCCUGACAUAAAGACUCCAGACAUAAAGACUCCAGACAUGAAGACUCCUGACAUGAAGACUCCUGACAUGAAGACUCCUGACUUAAAGACUCCUGACUUAAAGACUCCUGACUUAAAGACUCCUGACUUAAAGACUCCUGACAUAAAGACUCCUGACUUAAAGACUCCUGACUUAAAGACUCCUGACUUAAAGACUCCUGACACAAAGACUCCUGACAUAAAGACUCUUGACAUAAAGACUCCUGACAUAAAGACUCCUGACAUAAAGACUCCUGACUUAAAGACUCCUGACAUAAAGAAACCUGACUUAAAAACACCUGACAUAAAGAAUCCUGACAUAAAGACUCCUGAUAUAAAGACACCUGACUUAAAAACUCCUGACAUGAAGACUGCUGACAUAAAGACACCUGACUUAAAGACACCUGACUUAAACACACCUGACAUAAAAACACCUGACAUAAAGACUCCUGACAAAGACUCCUGACAUAAAGACACCUGACAUAAAGACUCCUGACAUAAAGACACCUGACAAAAAGACUCUUGACAUAAAGACUCCUGACAUAAAGACACCUGACAUAAAGACACCUGACAUAAAGACCCCUGACAUAAAGACACCUGACAUAAAGACUCCUGACAUAAAGACACCUGACAUAAAGACUCCUGACAUAAAGACACCUGACAUAAAGACUCCUGACAUAAAGACACCUGACUUAAAGACACCUGACA